GCAUGGGCGCACUUCCGGCCGGCGCGCGGGCGGCCGCCUCCGGCUCGGAAGGUCCCAGGUGUGCAUACCUUCAGCAGGCCUUGGGGAAGAUGGCGACCCUGGGGGACAGUCAGGAGCCCCCUCGUGUCCCGUCCCCGGUCAAUCUUGCGUCACCAGGGACACCUGGAACCUGCCAGCGCGAGGCCCAGCUUCACCUCCACGGUCAUGAACACGACUCCCCUGGCUGCAGCCUGGAGGCGCUCUCCCAGCCACUGCAGGAGGAGGAGCCGUCCAGCCUGGAUCUCCAAGAUGUAGAGGAGGUCCAGAUCGCCAGAGACACCUGCUGGCCAGACUCGGACGCAGAGCCGGAGCAGGUCCCGUCGUCCCCCCACCCCCACCACCCUGAAGCGGGGGCGGACCAGGCCGGGGGGCCACUGAGGACCUUUUCCCGUAGGCCCCGGUGUGGGGGCCGCUUUGGGCAGGAGUCCAGCUUGGAGCGGCCCGCGGGCCAGCCACCGGGAACCGCGCCCUGCUCCCAGAAGAGGGGCCCAUGGCGCGUGACGCUGCUGUCGCAGGGAGCCCCUGGGGCGGUGGGGGAGCCCGAGCGGCCCGGUGAGCUGGAGGGGGGCCGGGGGUCGGGGCCCGGGGUCCGGCAGGGCGGCCCGCGGGGCGGGAAGCCGCACCGCUGCGAGGCCUGCGGCAAGAGCUUCAAGUACCGGUCGCUGCUGCUCAAGCACCAGCGCAUCCACACGGGCGAGAAGCCGUACGCGUGCCACGAGUGCGGGAAGCGCUUCCGCGGCUGGUCAGGCUUCAUCCAGCACCACCGCAUCCACACGGGCGAGAAGCCGUACGAGUGCGGCCAGUGCGGCCGCGCCUUCAGCCACAGCUCGCACUUCACGCAGCACCUGCGGAUCCACAACGGCGAGAAGCCCUACGAGUGCGGCGAGUGCGGCCAGGCCUUCAGCCAGAGCUCCAACCUGGUGCGGCACCAGCGGCUGCACACGGGCGAGAAGCCGUACGCCUGCAGCCAGUGCGGCAAGGCCUUCAUCUGGAGCUCGGUGCUCAUCGAGCACCAGCGCAUCCACACCGGCGAGAAGCCCUACGAGUGCGCCGAGUGCGGGAAGCGCUUCCGGGGCCGCUCCCACUUCUUCCGCCACCUGCGGACCCACACGGGCGAGAAGCCCUUCGCCUGCGGCGCCUGCGGCAAGGCCUUCGGCCAGAGCUCCCAGCUCAUCCAGCACCAGAGGGUGCACUACCGGGAGUAGCGGGCGGGCGGCCGCGGCAGGAGGGGCCCC